ACAUAUUUAAAUAUAGCGCCAAAGAGAGCUUCAAUUCGUCGCAUCUAAUUCUUGUUAUCUUUUCCGUUUCUCAAAAUCAUGUUUGGAGGAAUAAUGUUUUACGAGCACGAGGAAAAAGCUAUGAAAAUGCUUGUGAAAGAAACAAUUUGGUACCAUAAUUAUGAAAAAUUAAUGUGUAAAAUUUUUGACAUGGAACAUCUCACCGCGGAACAACAUCAUAUACUCACGGUGGCUAUCCUUGGAUGCGGUAUUGCCAUGGGUGCGUUGGGUGAUAUCUUGUCAUUGGUUGAAAUGAGGCAGUGGUGCAACAGCCAGGACAAUUUGUCUCUCUUGCUCAAGCAAUUCAGAUCAAAGUUUUACUAUGAGCUUUCCGAAACUGCUGAUGAGGUUACACUGUUUAAAAGCUACUUUGAGGCUUUUAAAGAAGACGCAGAACGUCUAGGCACAAAAUCUAUUGAUGACAGCUAUGCGUUUCUGGGCUAUGAUAAUUUUAAGAUUGAAGCUUUAUUUGAAUCGACAAGCGUGUGCACUGUUGUGCAGAACGAGAAUACGGACGUCAUCACUAAAAUUCCUGAGAUAACUAACAAGAAAAGGAAGUGCCCGUUUGUGGAUAGUGAAUAUGGUACUGAGAGCUGCAAAACGCUGGAGAUUCAUCCCAGUAAUAUGUUUGCUGGAAAUGAAUUCCUUUUGAUGGAUCGUAGCAAGUCUGAAUCUUCCAAAGCAAUGGAUUAUCUUAUGGGAAAAACAAGACAGUACGAUGGUUAUGUGCAGUGCAUGAAUGAAUUCGCCCGCAAAAACUGGGAGCAAAGAGAACUAAUCAGGAAGGUCGUCCGUAAUUCAUACUUGCCUUCCAAGCUGUGACUCGGCUCAUGUUUGAGGUCGAAAAGAGGGAGUGGUGUGACAAACUGGACGAAUUGUAUCAAGUUAUCGAUGGCUAUGAAAAAAACCUUGACGAGGAGCUUGCAAAAAUCGAUAAUAAGUGUACGCAGUUUAAAGUCUACGUUGAUAAGUUGAAAUCAGAGGGAAAUUUUUUACCUGGCAGCUAUCUCUAUCCCCAUCUCGAGUAUUUCCAGAUUUUAGCUAUGAUGGUACAUUCAAGACUAAACUCUGAUUCAGAGGAGAAAUCGGACCUCACCACAGAGUUUUCUUCGCCCUUGAGACAUGAAGAUAAUGAGGGUGUAGUGAAGAAUGAUUAUAAUGAUAUUGAGUAUCUCUUUGACUAAUCUUUGGAGACGGUGAAAUCUUAAAUGCAGCCGGCUACCUGGCUUUUCUCUCUAGAAUGUGCUUCCUGUCAUUUCCAACCAACCUUAAUUGUUCGUGGUUAUGGAUCUUGGAUCUUUUGUAAACCACUGUGUAUAUAUAGCGUAAGUUGUUUGUGGAACCAUCCAAACCCAGCUAAAACUGUGGUAGCAACAAAGGUGAAUGUAAUUUUUUUGCUAACAAGAAGGUGGUGGUCAGGUUCUAUUUUUGAAAGCAUGUUUUUUGUAUACAUGAUUACAUUUUUUG